GCAGCAAGCAGCUAGGCAACGAUGAGGAUAGGGGUUCUUCUGCUGCCGUGCCUUGGGAUAUGUAUGCAGGUGGCGCUCAUCGGCGGCACCACCGUCGCCAGCGGCGGCGGCGGCGUUCGGGCACCGGCGAUGUUCGUGUUCGGGUCGUCGAUACUGGACGUCGGCAACAACAACUACCUCCAGGGGGCAACCGUCGGCAGGGCCAACAGCCCCUACAACGGCGUCGACUUCCCGGGCUCCGUCCCCACCGGAAGGUUCAGCAACGGCUACAACAUCGCCGACUACGUCGCAAAGAACAUGGGAUUCGCGUGUAGCCCUCCUCCUUAUCUGUCGAUGGUGCAGAGCUCAUCCGGCCCUCUGGUCCAGACCGCUCUCACCAGUGGUAUCAACUAUGCUUCUGGAGGAGCUGGGAUCCUUGACUCCACCAACGCCGGAAGCACCAUCCCGUUGUCGAAGGAGGUGAAGUACUUCGGCGCCACCAAGGCCAAGAUGGUCGCCGCAGUGGGACCCAACACGGCGAACCCAGCAAUCUCUCAGUCCAUCUUCCUCAUCGGCAUGGGCAACAACGACCUCUACGUCUUCGCGGCAUCGGAGCGGGCGCGGAACAGGUCCGCCGCCGACGACGAGCGGAGCGACGCCGCCGCCGCCGCGCUCUACGCCGGCCUCAUCUCCAACUACUCCGCCGCCGUGACGGAGCUCUACACGCUGGGCGCCCGGAAGUUCGCCGUCAUCAACGUCUGGCCGCUCGGAUGCGUGCCGGGGCAGCGCGUGCUGAGCCCGACGGGCGCGUGCUCGGACACCCUCAACGAGGUCGCCGCCGGCUUCAACGCGGCGCUGGGUUCCCUGCUCGUCGACCUCGCCGCGAGGCUGCCGGGCCUCGUCUACUCCCUCGGCGACGCCUUCGGAUUCACGGAGGACGUGUUGGCGGACCCGGCGGCGUCAGGGUACACCGACGUCGCGGGCACGUGCUGCGGCGGCGGGCGGCUGGGCGCCGAGGCGUGGUGCUCGCGCAACUCCACGCUCUGCGUCAACCGUGACCAGCAUGUCUUCUGGGACCGCGUCCAUCCGUCCCAGCGGACGGCGUUUCUCAUCGCCAGAGCGCUCUAUGAUGGACCGUCCAAGUACACCACUCCUAUCAACUUCAUGCAACUCGCCAAGUCAAAUUAAUUAGUGAUACUGCUGAUACGUACUGUCAAGGACCCUAGAACAAAUUUGACAGUGCAUCUCUUUUGUAAAAGCAUGUUGUCGCCUACUAACGGGAACGAAAUUAGUCAUUCGCAAAAAGGAAGGACGAUAAUUAGUCAUUGUUUAGAUGCUUUUAAAAUUCUAAAAGUUUUACAAGAUUAUUCAUCA